AUGGCAGAGGCUCGUGUAUCUCGUUUUCUCCCAGAUCCCAAAACCGUAGCAAUUGUUGGCUGUCCUUUCAGCGGUGGUCAGCAGAAGCCAGGCGUUGACAAUGGUCCAAUUUGCCUUGUCGAAGCUGGACUUCCAGAGCAGCUAGUAGAGUUAGGGUGGAACGUCAAGUUCAACGGACACCAUCAAUUCGAAGAGAUCGACGCCCAGAGCGACCCUCCAAUUGGCAAGCUCAAAAAUCCUCGCUACGUUUCGCGUGUCUGCAAGGCUGUUUCGGAGGUCGUUGGCGCGCAUGCGAAGAAUGGUCAGCUGCCGCUAACCCUUGGCGGGGACCAUUCUCUGGCCAUGGGCACGAUCUCUGGGACAUUGGAGCAAUACCCCGACGCGUGUGUUAUCUGGGUAGAUGCGCACGCAGACAUUAACACUGCGGAGACCACCGAUUCUGGCAAUAUCCACGGGAUGCCUGUAUCAUUCUUACUUGGAAUCGGUCCCAAGGUCUCCGAAUUUUCCUGGGUGAAGCCGCUGCUGAAGCCGUCUCGCCUGGUAUACAUCGGCCUGCGCGACGUCGAUGCCGGCGAGAAACGUAUUCUCAAGGAAAACGGUAUUCGUGCAUUCAGCAUGCACGAGGUAGAUAAGUAUGGGAUUGGGAGGGUUGUCGACAUGGCGCUAGACCAUGUGAACCCGAAGAGGGUUCUGCCAAUCCACCUCAGCUUCGACGUGGAUGCGCUGGAUCCAUCGGUUGCCCCUUCGACCGGCACGCCCGUUCGAGGCGGCCUCACCUUCAGAGAGGGACACUACAUCUGCGAGGCCAUAUAUGAAACGGGUUGCCUGGUUGCACUUGACAUCAUGGAGGUCAAUCCGUCACUCGCGGACGUCCAGUCGGUGCAGCAGACCGUUGCUAUAGGAUGCUCUCUUGCACGUGCUGCUCUAGGUGAGACGUUGUUGUAG